AUGUCUUGCUUUCGAGCUUGUGGCCUCGCUGUGUCGCUGGUGCUCUUCGUUUUCGUGUCUGGCGUCGUGAAAGGGCUGGAUGUAUGGCAUUUCCUGAUUGAGCAGCCUCCUGGCUGUGCGCACGAGCCGCUGCCAGGAAACCAGUCCGGCGUGAAAGUCUUGGUGGCAGGGCUCGCCAAGUGCGGCACUCGCACCAUUUGCCAUGCAUUGAACGAGAUCGGCGUCAAUGCUUAUCACAGCGAGGACGCCGUUAACGGCAUGCUGAGGCUUUCGCUUCAGCUGUGCACAGUGGGCAUGGACAGGUUGGCAAGUGUUGCAGCUUUGAGUUUGCGGCAGUUCCUGGUUGAGCAUCUCAGGGUUGCUGCAGCCGAGCUCGCCUGGGCCAUGAAGUCAGACAAAGAUUUGACAGCACAGCUGAUGCGCAAGACCCUAGGCCAACAACGAUUCAGCACAGCCUGCCGGUGUCACGGACGACGCACAGUGACAUGGGCCUUUGGCUUGCAAAGGAUUUCGAGCUGCCGCAUGGAGGCCAUUGCCUUCGAUGGCCUCGAGGCCCGCCGGCGAGACGGUCACAGGGAAUCUUCGAGGAAAGGGCUCCGCAGCAGUUCUCCCAAUUUCUCCCACCUGUCUGGCGAGGUGCUGAUUGACACGAUCUGGGAAAGCAGCAGUGAUGCAAAGGCAGUUGUUUGCAACGAAAUGCUCGCCUGGGUAGUCCUAGUGUAA